AUGGAGCAGCUUCGGGAAGGUGAGGGCUUCGGCGAUCGCUGGAUGGCUGCCGUCUUCUCGACGAGUGCGCCCUCCGCAAAUGCUUUUUGGGGUAAGGGCUUCCGGCUAUUGAGUUAUGUACAGCAAGCCCAGACCGCAAAAAGAUUCGCGAAGGGCAGAAUAUGCCGGCUUCUUCGGUUCGCCGCCGCCGCCGCCGCCGCCUUCAGCCCAGGAUGUCUCCGAACCCCGGAGCCGAACAGGCUGGGUCUCCCCAGCGCGUUCCAUCGCGGCUCAGCCUCACCACUCCGCGCGCUGCCCGCCCCUCCGCGCCCCUGGACCCGUGUCUCCAUUUCUCCAGACCGUCCGCGAUCCCCCAACUCAGCCCCGAGAGAAGUGUGUGGAGGGCGAGAAGGGGACCGCGAAGGGGCACCCGGAUCCCGGAGCCCAGCCUCCACCCCUUUCCUGUCGCCCCAGCACCCGGAGCCUCCCCGCCUGCCUGUCCUAUCCCUCUAUCCCCCUAUCAGAGUUCCGCCAGCCCCGGCUGCAAGGUCGCGGAUCUCUGAACAGUCCCCCAGUGGGGGAAACCUCACCCAAGAUGGGUUCCUGCAAACAUUGCAAGAACUUGAGGGGAAAGUUGCCAUAUUUGUUCUUUGGCACCCUGGAAUCGACGUGCGGUCGGGCGCGCGCGCGCACACACACACUCCCACCCUCGCCCAGCACGCCCGGAGAAAACGUCUCUCGACGGUGGAGGCACUGUCUUCAAGUCCCUGUCGACCCACCCCCUUCGCCCAUCCAUCACCCUCCUGCAGCUCCGCGACCCACUCACCCUCCCACGGCAUCCCCUCAGCUCCGCGACGGACAGACGCAAGCACACACCCUCCGAGCGUCUGCGCGCCCGCCGCGCCAGAGGGGCUCCGCGGUCUGCGCCCGCCGCCGCCGCGGCGCGGGGCAACUGGGAAAAAAAAGUUCUGCUCAGACUACCAGAGAGCUGACCGACUACCAGUGAGCCGACCGACCACCAGCCGACCCGGACGCCGACUCCCUGCUCCUUACCUCGGUCUGGGGGCCACGGGAGCGCGCCGGUCCCGUCCGCACUGCAGCCAGCUGGAAGGAGCCCCACUCCUGCGGGCCGGCUCCCUCCGGCCCCUCCCCGCCCCCCACGGGUGUUUGCCCGGCGGCAAAGCGGGCUCUUCCAGGGCGGGGCUAACCGCGGCUGGCGCCAACCCCGCCCCCUGGCGCUCGGAACUGAACUCUCUGAGGACCAAGGCAUUUUCAGCACCUAUCUUCCGUGGACAGCAACCGAGUCCUGGGCCAGCCCGAACCAGGGUCGCGGUCCUCAGUUCCCGGACCGGAGCCAAAGGGGAGGUUUGUCAAAGGAGUAGAGAUUUUUCCCUCUCUUUACCCAACCCCAUCCAUGCAAUUUUGAUCUAUAUUGCACAGUCUCCAUUAAUCUCUCACAGAUAUGGCCCAUUAAGUCGUGUCUGGCCAUCCUUUAAGACAGAGAAAAUGGGGAGGGGAGGGGGCCAUCGAGAAAACCGAGCUCAACAGCGCCGACCCAUAACGCGAGAGAGAGUUGCAGCAGCUAUUGAUUCAGAGAUUCGUCAGGGUGAUUCCCGGCUCUGCAAGAAUUCCCUCUCUCGGUUUCUUUGCAUGCAGCCCCAAAUUCAUUAUACACAUACACACGCACACAGCUACACCCCUUGCCCCCUACUCAGUCCCACUGUCCUCUUUAGAAGGGGCAAAAAAGGCAGCCAAAAAAGAACCCCGGAGCAUGCACAAAGUAAGCGUCAGCUCAUACUCACAGUCUGCGGCAUGCACAUGACAUAA